ACAAAUACAAAUACUUAUUACGAAACAAAGCGUCGUAACAAUAAUAAUCGUCCAAAUUCGUGUUUUUUCUUUUCACUUUCACACUGUCCAUUGCUCUUAGAUAAUAUCUGUUGAUCAUGGGUUUCAAUUCGGUCUAUAGGAGCUUGCAGGAUAUAUUUCCACAGGUUGAUUCCAGAAUACUGAGGGCUGUGGCUAUUGAACAUCCAAAGGAUGCCGAUCAAGCUGCUGAAAUUGUUCUUACUGAAAUUAUUCCUUUUAUUCCAAAAAGCAACAACCCUCCUGCUACUCCUCCACAGGAUAAUGGCCCUGGAGUGCCAAUAAAUUUGCAAGUUGAACGGGAGGAGGAAGGGAAUAAGUUGAGACAUCGUAGGCGUGUUGAUGUUAAAGAUGUUGGGCCUUCUUUUGCUUCACCUUCUAUAGCUGUAGAAAUAACCAAUACGGCUAAUGAUGCAGGGUUUUCUUCUGCUCCACAAUUGAUGCCCAUACAAAUUACUAAAACUGUUGAUUGUUCUAGUACACCAGAUCUGAAUGUGUCUCUGGAUGCUGUCAGCAAUUCAAAUGAUGGUACUGCUAGAGUUCUUGGGCGAAAUCAAAUUCUGGAUCUAAAUGUUCUUUGGAAUGGUGAAGAUAACUUUACUGGAGAGACCUCAAGUAAGACAUCUAAGAAGGAUACAUCAAAUGGUUUUAGGCAGGAUGCUUAUGAAAAUUGGGAGUGGGGACAAGUUGAUGUAGAUGCAGACAGCAAAAAUCUGAUUUCUGCUGGGGUGUGUCAACAGAUUGAACGUGACGUUAUCAAGGAGUCAGUUUCCUUGGAUGAUAAUGGUAAUGCAAAUGCGAACAUUCUGACUGAAGAAUUGAUGGGUUUUGUUAGUUCUGCUGCUACUAUUUCUACUGAAAACCUCUUGCUGGACAAAUGUGAAACUGCCUUGAUUGACAAAGAAGAUGCUGAGGGUCAAGCUGUUUGUCAUGUUCAAGGAAAUACAGUUAUUGAUGAUCUAGAGAAUGUUUCUGCAUCUUCAAAGCAAGAUUUUCUUGCAACUGAAAGUAAUGGUGCUGUUGAUGAAAUUCAUCAGAAUAAUAAAACUGUCCAAUCUAGUCAAAUAUGCAGGAUUGAUGUGCUUGAGGAGAUAAUUGAUGAAGCAAAAACUAACAAGAGAACUUUGUUUUCAUCAAUGGAAUCUCUUAUGAACUUAAUGAGAGAAGUGGAGCUUCAGGAGAAAUCUGCAAAGGAGGCCAAUAUGGAAGCUGCUACAGGAGGCUGCGAUAUUCUUGCUAGGGUGGAAGAAUAUCAAACAAUGCUGGAACAUGCCAAAGAAGCAAAUGACAUGCAUGCAGGAGAAGUUUAUGGAGAAAAGGCAAUUCUUGCAACUGAACUUAGGGAACUUCAAUCUCGUCUGCUCGGUUUGUCUGAAGAGAGGGACAAGUCUCUUGCCAUUCUUGAUGAGAUGCGCCAAAAUCUUGAAUCACGACUAGCUGCAGCAGAGGAAUUGAGGAAAGCAGCUGAGCAUGAAAAGCUGGAAAAGGAGGAAUCUGCAAGAAAGCUUCUUGCUGAACAGGAAGAGGAGAUGAAUAAGGUAGCACUGGAGUCCUUAAGGCUACAAAAGGAGGCAGAAGAGAAUUCAAAGUUACGGGAGUUCCUGAUGGACCGUGGGCGGGUUGUUGAUGUCUUGCAAGGAGAAAUAUCUGUUAUUUGUCAGGACAUUAGGCUUCUAAAAGAGAAAUUUGAUGCAAAUCUUCCUUUGAGCCAAUCCUUCACCUCAAAGGAGACCAGUUGCAUCUUAGCAUCUUCAGGUUCAUCCCACAAAACCUCGGUGGCAUCGGAAGCUGGUUCUGUGCUCAGUGAUUCGACUGAACUACUGAAGACUAGUCCAGCUGCCUCAGUUGCAAGCCUUUCUUCUAAGAAAAGUUGGCAUGAUGAUGAGGGGAAGAAGAAGGAGGAGGAGAAGGUGGAUAUGGAGAAGGAAAAGGAACAUGAAAAGUUAAAGGAGAAACUGAAGUUGAAGUUGAAGGAGAGGGAGAUGGAAAAAUUCAAAGCUAAUGAUGACAACAAGGAUCUUGUUGAUGAUGGGUGGGAUAUUUUUGAGUGGUAGUUAUGUUAGGUAUUUUGCUUAUAUCUUCUAUUUCAAAUAUGAGUAGCGGUGGUAGGUAGUAGUAAAUAGCUAGUAACUUGAAAAGUUCAACUCUUUAAUCUUUCUGCAAUUUUGUACAGAAAACAUAAUUAGGUGAAUUUUUCUUAUACCCGGUUUCUUACUUUUGAUUAUCACUUA